AUGGAUGCGGAGAUGGAGGACGCUGAGACCCGGGCCGAGAUCGAAUGGGACGGCGGCGGCGGCGGGGCCGACGCCGUGCUGGCCCUAGCCGCCGGGGGCGCCUCGGUGUCGCUAUGCUACCACCAGGCGUUCGGUCGCCACGACGACCUCGUCCUCCUCGAGGCCGCCGACGACCUCCUACCUGACCUUCUACAAGGCCGGGUGACUAUAAGGGGGCGUCCUGAUGAAGAAGCUGUCCUCUGCACACCUUCUGCAACAUAUUCCAUGAAGUUUGUUGGCACAUCCAAUUCUGUGUUUCUGAUACCACCUGGGGAACCAUCUGCUCCAUGCUUAAGGCCUGAUAAUACCAGCGGUGAUGCUAAUGCAGCUGAUGCAGUGGCUGCUGCCAUUAAGUUAGCACCAGGGAACAUUGAAUUGGUUCGAACUGCUCCACGACUUGAUAAACUGAGGAGCCUUCUCCGUGAGAGGCCCUACACACUUGAUGAGGAUCUUGGAGAUGGCUUCCAGCAUAAGAAGGGGCUAUACACGUGGCAAGACCUCUGCAAACUUAUCCAGGCCAGUGAUGGUGAGCUGUUAGACGGACUGAAUACCCUCUCAGCUGUCGAGAUAGAUGGAUUCUGGAGGACAGUCGAUGCCACUUCCAUGAACACGAUUCUUGACAUGAUCCUGCACAACUCUGUGUUGCACGACUGGCCAUUAAAUGCAGUGCCUGAAAAUGAUGUGCUAUCUGUCAUGGAAUCUGAUGGUUUCGCCCAUAAGAUUGUAACUCAUUGCCUCAACAGAUUUGGCACAAAGGUUGAGCAGGAAGGCAGAAGUUUUUGGAGCCUCGAUGAGAAGUGUGUAUGCUUACAAUUUGCUAGGAGAGUGCUUGGUGCUGGAAAGAUGAAGCUUGCCAACUUUAUGGACAAAUGGAAGAGAAGCGUUCCUUCAGGAAUGCGUGUGGAUCUUCAGAUGCUCGAAGGGGAAGUGUUGUAUGACAAACUUGGGGCUGAGACCUGGGUGCAUGCUUUCAGUGUUGCCGAUCUGCCACUGACGCCUGCUGAGAGGUUUGCAGCACUUUUCCGCGAGCGGCUAAAGUGGGAGUGGAAGGAUCUGCAACUUUACAUCAGGGACUUGCGUGUACCCGGUGUCUCUUCAGAAGGAUUGCUCAUCAAGUAUACCAGAAGAACCCAACCAAGCUCUGAAGCCGAACCAAUUUUUACUGCAAGAUAAUCGAUCUAGCCUCCUACAGUCAUACUUUGAUGCAGGCAUAGUUAGGUAUUGUCAAUGACACCCAACUUCUUGUUACAUACAGAUCUGUGAUCCUGGUUGUAGUAUGGGUCUUAUGGUGAUGGAAUGUAUUGUCUGAAAAACUUUGCACUUGCGCCUUUUUGCUGUAACCUUUGGUAAACAUAGCUACCCAAAGCUGAAAUUCGUGCAGCUAGCCGGUUGU